AGGCGACAGAGAGAGAAGAAAGCAGAUUACAGCUUACAGAGAGAGAGAGAGGAGAGAGAGAGCCUUAUCCACUCUAACCCUUUAUAAAAGCAGAUCAAAACCUCCAUUUUUUAGUAUCAAAUUAACAAAACACAUUCUUUCUUCAUCGUUUCGUCGCACAAAGAACACACAAAUACGUAGAGAAGGCAGAAGAAGUGAGGAGUAAAAGUAAAACUGUUGAAUCUGAGUUUCGAGAUUUGUACAUAUGGCGGCGUCAAAAAGCUACUUCGCUAGAGCAAACUACAGAUUCCUCCCGGGCGAUCAGGCCCUCACUAACGAUUCAAUGAUCUUCGAGCUCGAUGAGUCCGAUGUUUGGAACUCGUCGGCCCGCUCGCAGUCUCCUGAGAUGCGCAAGACGAGUUCUAGAAUCACCAUGAAGCCGUCGCCUGCAGCGGCGGCGAGGGGAGGAGUCGGAGGGCCGGCUUCUCUGCCGGUGAACGUCCCGGACUGGUCGAAAAUACUGAAGGAAGAGUACAGGGAGAAUCGGAGGAGAGACAGCGACGACGACUACGACGAGGACGAGGCCGAGGAGGAGGGGAACCGUAUUCCACCGCACGAGUUUUUGGCGCGUCAAAUGGCGAGGACUAGGAUCGCCUCCUUCUCGGUGCACGAAGGGAUUGGGAGAACCCUCAAGGGGAGAGAUCUAAGCAGAGUUAGAAACGCGAUUUGGCAGAAAACGGGUUUCGAGGAUUGAUUCAUUUUUCACUUAAAUUUCCAAUUGACCAUGAGAUCUUUUUUUCUGGGUUGAUUUUUGCCCUCUUUUUUUGACUUUUAUCUUCUUCCUUCCCACCGUAUGCUUCCCAUUCUGAAAAAAAAAAAAAGAGAGAGAGAGAGAAUGAGAAAAAUCCUCAUUUUUGACUUAUUGAGGAAUGAUUGAGAAGAACUC